AUGGAGCACGCAACUCAAAACGACGGCGAUAUCAAGGUCAGCGCGACGGGUGCAGCCCUUGUUUGCGACCGCUACGAGUCUUGUAUGAUGGCGGCAUUGCGCGCCAUCGCCAUGGACGACGCUACGGCGCUCGAUCAAAUCCUGUCUACCGGCAUGAUAGACGUCAACAAGCCAUUUUUCAUGCCAACCAUACAGAGACUCGCCGACACGCGCGUGUACGUUUCCCGUGCAGUGCCGACGUAUGGCGAGGACCGUUUUAGUCCUCCCUAUCGGUACACGACGCUGCUGGAACAAACGGCGGCGGCGCUCGCGCUCCAUAGCGUCAAUACGCUAAUCGCAGCCGACGCUCAACCGUGGCCCUACCCAGAUACACUGCUGACGGCGGCUAUCGGUUCGAGGCCAGCCGACAUCGUGAGGAUCACGUUCGUGCCCGCCUGUUGGAGCGAGGACAAUCCAGGCUCGGAGGGCGAACUGUCGGCAGUCAUAGCGCUGAUCUUGGCCUAUUUCCCCCGGUCCGCGUACUUACCGAUGACGGCAACGAACCCGCUUCUCGCCCUGGGCACGGCACUCGACGAAAACAGUCGGAUGCUCAACAGACGAAGGCGGGACGUCGUCGAGCGCGACAUUGCGCUAGGCUUGCGCGUCGCCCGCAUUCUGCUCGGUGCGGGGUACUCGCCCGCUGAGGUGGCGUACUAUGUCGCCGAGGGCGGCACCAUCAGAGGGGUCACGAUCGCUGAUGCCAUGGACAACCCCAUUCGCGGUGGUGGUACGCAGCAGCCUGCCCUAGCCAAUCUCUACGCGCAAUGGCUGGCAGCACGCACCCCCAAGCAGCGGCUUGACGAUGAUGAGCGCGUGUGGGCAGCCGCCGAUUUUGCCCAGCACCUCAAGGAGGUCGAUAGGUUCUUUGAUCAGGACUAG